AUGAAGAAAUAUAGCGAAGAUCCUGCAUGGGCAGACGUGGUCAAAGUACCACAGGAUGACGGUCCAAACCCCAUUGUUAGCAUCAAUUACUCUACUAAAUUUACGGAUGUCAUGGAUUGUUUUCGUGGUGUGCUCAAGAUCAAUGAGUAUAGUGAGCGUACAUUGGCACUAACGCAGGACGUAAUUCAAGUUAACCCUGCCAAUUAUACAGUCUGGUACUAUAGACGACGUGUACUGGAAGCACUGGAUGCAGAUCUCUAUGCAGAGCUCGAGUUUACAGCUGACAUGGCCCUUGAACAUCCCAAGAACUACCAGAUCUGGAAUUAUCGUCGAGAUAUUUGUAUCAUGUUGCAAGAUGGCAGUAAAGAAAAAGAGUUUUGUGCCAUGUCAUUCGAAGUAGAUGCUAAAAACUAUCACGCCUGGGCGCAUCGUCAAUGGGCUGUCAAAACAUUCAGUCUUUGGGAUGGAGAGCUCGAGUUUGUGGACCAAAUGCUCCUUGAAGACGUACGCAAUAACUCAGCAUGGAACCACCGCUGGUUUGUCGUGAACAAUACAUUGGGGCUUGCAACCAUGGAGGGUCGUCAACGUGAAGUUGACUACACACUGAAGAAGAUUGCGCUCGCUGUGCAUAAUGAAAGUCCAUGGAAUUACCUCCGUGGUCUCAUUCGCGGCCAAGAAGGUACCUUUGCUGCACAGCUGAAGGAAACAGCGCAGCAGAUGUUGGUAGCUACACCCGACUGCAUCUUUGCAGCGGCAUUACUGGUCGAUAUGUACGCGAAAGAGGGCACAAAAGAUGCUCUUGAAGCAGCGCGCAAGCUCCUGAAGACGCUCAUGAACGAUACAGACUGCGUGCGAAAGGCCUACUGGCAAUUCCGUCUUUCUACGCUUGAACGGCGCAAGUAG